UUUUAAAUUUUACAGAGAAAAAAAGAAAUUGAACCUCUCUGAUAUAAGUUAUACAGUUACAGGAAUAAUGGUGAGGAACUAUGUUAGAAAGAGUUGCAGACAGUCGUGGGAUGAAGUGGCUAUGAGAGACGCACUGAAUUCAAUAAAAAAUGGGUUAGGCCUGAAAAAAGCCAGUUUGCAGUUUAAUGUCCCUAAAACCACCUUUCGUCGACGAUACAAAGGUCUCAACAAAUGCGCAAAAGGAUCUACAAAAAUAUUGGGACAUUUCACAACAACGUUUUCUGCUGAUAUGGAACAAGACCUCGUUGAGUACAUAAUAAAAAUGGAGUCUAUGAUGUUUGGACUCUCAACCUCUGAUGUAAGAAACCUUGCAUUUCAACUAGCUGAUCGAAAUGGAUUAAAAAAUUAUUUCAAUAAAGAAAAACAGAAAGCAGCUCGGGCCAUGUCCUUUAAUCGAGUUAAUGUGAACAAAUUUUUUGAUCUUCUGGAGCCACUAAUGGAAAAAUAUAAAUUUCCACCAAACAAUAUUUAUAACGUGGAUGAAACGGGUAUAACAACCGUUCAAAGCAAACCGUCAAAAAUCCUUGCCCAAACAGGGAGGCGACAAGUUGGUAGCUUGGUCUCAGCUGAACGUGGGACACUUGUCACUGUUGAAAUUUGCAUGAGUGUAACUGGGGCCUUUAUUCCGCCUAUGUUUAUUUUCCCAAGGGUUAGAAUGAAAAUUGAACUGAUGAAUGGUUCUCCACCAGGAUCAAUUUAUGCAUGUCAUAAAGCGGUUGGAUGCAAAUGGACUUGUUUGUUUCAUGGUUUAAGCAUUUUGUGAAGUCAUCAGGUGCAUCUAAAGAUAACCCUGUUUUGUUAAUAUUAGAUGGGCAUGCCACACAUACCAAGCAUUUAGAGGUCAUUGAUCUAGCACGGGAAAAUGGUGUAGUAUUACUAUGUUUACCUCCUCACUGCUCACAUAGAAUGCAACCACUAGAUGUGAGUUUUAUGAAACCUUUAUCGACCUACUAUGACCAAGAACUUGAAAAAUGGUUACGAAAUAAUACAGGUAGAGUUGUGACAACCUUUCAAAUUGCUGAACUUUUUGGUAAAGCAUAUAUGAAAUCAGCUACGGCCUUAACUGCAGCCAAUGGAUUUCGCAGAACCGGAAUAUAUCCUACCGAUAGAGAUGCGUUUUUACCACAUGAAUUUGCUGCAGCUGAUGCAACUGACAUAGCUUGCCCAGAACACCUUGCAACGUCCUCCAAUGGGGACAAAAAUCAAGCUAUGUGCAAAGAGCAACAUACUACACACACACUGUUAUCAGCAUCUCAGUCUAGACCUGAUGCACCGACAGAGCCUACCUCACUGGUAGCGGCAUUACCUUCAGCCUUAACUACUGUACAAGAUGAGCCUAUGGCAGUGGUACCAACAUCUGCUCUAACACCAACAACGUCAAUAGAUAUCGUACCUGAACUAACUCAGCCAGUGGUAUCUACUUCCAGUUGUGCCCUACCCGUGGAAAUAGUACCUCAAGCAACACCCUCUACCUCGACAUCAGCCAUACCCCAGCUUAAUGCAGUGAAAGCAAUGUAUCGGCCAACAGCUCUUUCAAAUGAUUCAAUUUCAUACAUAUCACCUUUUGAAAUUUCUCCACCUCCAAAAGCAACCAGAACUAACCGAAAACCAAAUGUAAGACGGGGUACAACAGUCAUUCUCACAAGUAGCCCAUACAAAGGGACACUUAUUGAAUCAAAGAAGCUAACCUCUACGAAAACAACCAGCAACACCUUGACCUCGAAAAAAACAAAUUUGAUGAAAAACACCACUAAGCGUUCUGUUAAAACCACUCCCAAACCAACAUUCGGCCUACCAAAAAAGUGCAAGACGUCUACUCCGGUAUAUAAUCAUUCAUCAGAUGAUGAGGCAAAUGAUGCAGAGUGCAUUUAAUGCAAUGAAUGGUGGAGCAGAAGCAAACAAGAUGGUAUGAUACAGUGUGGAAAGUGCAUGAAGUGGUCUCACCCAGCGUGUGCUGGUAUUGAUGAAAAUAAUGACGACGUCAGUUUUACAUGUCACUUUUGCCUUUGAGAAGCUGUUUGUGUUAGACAACUGUGUUUGGAUUGUUCUAGUUUCUUAGUUUUGAACCUUAAAUACAGUUAUGAUGAUAUGUAGCCUAACGAUGUUUUUUUUCUCAAGAAAUCAUCUAUGGGGGCAAUAUGGAACCUUGGUUGCCAUUUUACCCCAACUAUGGGGCAAAAUGGUUUCUCACUCGCAAAUUUUGUUUGUUAAAUAUUUGUUUUUGGUUUAGAUUUAGGCAUACAAUGCCUAUACCUACUUAAAUACUUGAACUGCAUAAACGUAUAUCACACUUGAUUAGUAUUCUACUAUGUUUUGUUAAACCGUAUUGCAGCACGGAAGUUCAGUGUUCCAUUAUGCCCCACUUUCCCCUAAUUGUGCAUAACACAUUGACGUAUAGCAUACAAAAACCCUCCGUUGAUUAUGUGAAAUACACUAAAACUAUGAAAUCUG